UAACAUGUAUUGCAAAUCUAAUCACUAUUCAACAACUCGUAUUCCUUGACGUAUCUCAUUAUCUUUUUCUUAUUUUAGUUCCACUCUCCUUCUUCUCUUGGUUCACACUAGUAUACAAGCAAGACCACUAAUACAGAACAGUUGCACUGCCAACCCCACUGUAUAUUACCCACUUUGAUCAACUUCUUUUUGUUUUUUCAAACUCAUUUGCCACUAUUCUCUCCUUUGGCUUCCAAAAAUAGCAAACAGCAGAACAACUUCAGCCUCUUUCUUGGUGCUCUUUUACUUUGGUUUCUUAGGAUCAACCUUUUGUCUGGAUGAUCUUUGCUCCUUCACUUCAUCUAUUAAAUUUCUGUUAAGGUUGUUCUCUGUUUUCUCAUACCCUUUUCAGUUUUACGCUUUAUUUCUUGAAUAUAACCCGACUUGGCUGUCCAAAACUUGAAAUUCUUGUUUGAGUUGUGCUCAAUUUGCAACUUUUUUUCUCUUUACUCAUCGUUUAUGAUUGGGAAUUGGGAGGGUUUAGGUGGUUAUGCCUGAGUAGUAAAAUCAGUUGCUUUUCCCUAUUUAUUUCAAAGAUUCUUUAGCUCUCUUAAAAAGGGUACUCAUUUAAGGCCUAUCGUGUGUUAUAAAAAUCUCAUCUUUUUUUCUAUUCACACAACACAUAAAUUGUCUUUAACAAAUGGAAAUAAGUAGUCUAUUCUAAGUCUUAAUAAGCAAACUCAGGAUACUGGGUAUUGAAAAGAAAAUGGAAACUUUGUGGGCUACGUCGCUUAUACCAAAUUCAAGCUGGAUGAUGAUGGAACAGAGGAAAAGCAGUGAAUGGACACAAGAAGAGAACAAGAAAUUUGAAAGUGCACUUGCAAUAUACGAUGAGAGAACUCCAAAUAGAUGGUUUAAGGUGGCGGAUUUGAUCCCUGGGAAGACAGUAUAUGAUGUGAUGAAACAGUACAAAGAAUUAGCAGCAGAUGUAAGUGACAUAGAAGCUGGCUUGUUCCCAGUUCCUCCUUCGUCUUUUAUGCUUGAGUUGGUCGAUGAUAAUCGCGGUGUUCAAGCGUUUAGAAAGAGGGGCAGAUCUUUUGAUCAAGAGAGAAAAAAAGGUGUCCCAUGGACUGAGGAAGAACACAGGAGGUUUCUGAUGGGACUUGACAAGCAUGGGAAAGGGGAUUGGAGGAACAUAUCAAGGAAUUUUGUGAUCUCAAAAACGCCAACGCAAGUGGCAAGUCAUGCUCAAAAAUACUAUCUGAGACAGCUUUCAGGAGGGAAAGAUAAGAGGAGACCUAGCAUCCAUGACAUUACUACUGUCAAUCUCACGAACAUCGACUUGUCCGACAACAAUCUAAACAGCAACAACAACAACAACAACAAUAAAUUUCCAUCUUCGUUCGCGGUUAACAACCCGUUGCAGAAUUCUAAUGAUGGAGCGUUGAUGGCUUUUGGAUCGUCUUAUAACAGCAGCUCCUACCCCUAUGAGUUUGGUUCAGUAAACAUAUGGAACUGACAAUUAAUAUUAUUGCUAAUGACAAUUCCCAGAUACACACCCAUAUCAGAUAUGGGGUUCAACAGUUCAAGAAUGUCGGUCUUGGAUUUUGGUUUUGUGAUCUUAAUGUGAUGUAAAUCUUAGUUUUACUUUCGCAAUUAAGCCCUACUCUCUCUGUGCUGCUUUCAGACUUUACCAAUGAAAGUCUAUCAAUUUGCCUGCUUUUUUUUUCUUUCUUUUUCUUAAAUGCAUACAUGAUUCCUUUC